UCCACUACCAGGCUGGAGCCUCCGGCAGCACAGCACGCAACACACUGACAGCUGCGACCGACUCACAACCAAGGGGGGAAAGAUGGAGCACAGAGACGACGGCUUCAACAUAUUGCUAGCGACCGACUCAUACAAGGUAACACAUUACAAACAGUAUCCUCCCAACACGAGUAAAGUGUACUCCUACUUCGAGUGCCGUGAGAAGAGGACAGAUCCCACCAAGAGCAGAAAAGUCAAAUAUGACAAAACCGUCUUCUACGGCCUUCAGUACAUCCUCAACAAAUACCUAAAAGGAAAGGUAGUGACCCCAGAAAAGAUCCAGGAGGCGAAGGAGGUAUACAGAGAACACUUCCAGGACGAUGUUUUCAAUGAGAAGGGGUGGACGUACAUUUUGGAGAAAUACAAUGGACACCUGCCUAUUGAAAUCAAGGCGGUGCCAGAGGGGAGCGUCAUUCCUCGAGGCAAUGUUCUGUUCACAGUGGAGAGCACAGACCCUGAAUGCUACUGGCUCACCAACUGGGUGGAGACCAUCCUGGUUCAGAUCUGGUACCCCAUCACUGUGGCGACCAACUCCAGAGAGCAGAAGAAGAUCCUCGCCAAGUAUCUCCUGGAGACUUCUGGGAACUUGGAUGGACUAGCGUAUAAACUGCAUGACUUCGGCUACAGAGGCGUCUCCUCACAAGAGACUGCAGGCAUUGGGGCCUCCGCCCAUCUGGUCAACUUCAAGGGCACGGACACGGUCGCUGGCAUCGGAGUCAUUAAGAAAUACUACGGCACCAAGGACCCUGUGCCAGGCUUCUCAGUGCCUGCAGCAGAGCACAGCACCAUCACAGCGUGGGGGAAGGACCAUGAGAAAGAUGCCUUUGAGCACAUCAUCAAACAGUUCCCCAGCGUGCCCGUAUCCAUCGUCAGCGACAGCUACGACAUCUACAACGCCUGUGAGAAGAUCUGGGGAGAAGACCUUCGGUCGCUGAUAGAGGCACGCAGCGCAGAUGCUCCGCUGGUUGUCCGACCAGACUCAGGAAACCCGCUCGAUACAGUUUUGAAGGUUUUGGAGAUCCUGGGUAAGAAGUUUCAUCCAGAGGAGAACUCCAAAGGUUUUAAGGUUCUUCCUCCUUACAUCAGAGUCAUCCAAGGAGACGGAGUUGAUAUCAACACACUGCAAGAGAUCGUGGAGGGUAUGAAGCAACACAGGUGGUCCAUUGAGAACAUUGCCUUCGGCUCCGGAGGCGCUCUGCUGCAGAAACUGACCAGAGAUCUGCUCAACUGCUCCUUCAAAUGCAGCUAUGUGGUCACCAACGGACUCGGGGUGAAUGUGUUCAAGGAUCCAGUGGCGGACCCCAACAAGAGGUCAAAGAAAGGUCGCCUGUCUCUGCACCGAACACAGAGUGGCGAGUUUGUCACCCUGGAGGAGGGCAAAGGUGACCUGGAGGAGUAUGGCGUGGACCUGCUGCACACGGUCUUUCAGAACGGGAAGAUCGUGAAGACAUACACUUUUGAUGAAGUCAGAGACAAUGCCAAGCUCACAGAAAGUGAGCUUGAAUUGAGCGACUAAACCCCACCCCCCACCACCUUCCACCCUAACCCCGAAACAAACCCCCCUCAACCCUUCACCUUUUGGCCUCUGACGCCACCCCAGAAAAUGGAGGUGGCGUGCACUGCUAAUAGAUCCCACUCCCAAAGCUUGAGAACCCCCAGAAACGUUCCUAAAACCCAAGACUCCCUUAAAAUUCACGGAUCUUCACCCUCAGUUCCAAAAUGCUGCUGUUGGCUCUCCAACAGAAUUGAGGGGGAAAUUUGGAAACUCACACACCACUGAUGAACGGCAAACACCCCAUAAGUGUGAGAGGAAAGAAAAACAGAAGAGUGUGAGAGGUACUGUGAGCGACAGGAAUGAGAUAAGUUGCAAUUAUGACGAUAAACCAUGCGUUCACUCCACACGUGCCACCAACCCAAAACUGAACCUCGGCAUGUUGCACUGAUAGGCUACACAUAUUGCAACGUAAGAAUGUGAUUGGCUGCUGUGAGGCAGUGUGUCAGCAGACUUUUUUUUUCUAUGCCGACACAAAUGAGACGAUUGUGAGUGAGCUCCUGGCGGCCGCAUGUGGAGUGAACCCACGGCGAGUCGAAGUGAGAAAGAUGAUGACAGAGAAAUAUGAAGCCACACCCACACCAAUGACUGCGCCCCGUGUAUUGUGUAUAGAACUGUUUAGAAAAAAAAAUACAUGUCUGAAUCUACUUAGCUUUGUCUUUUAUGUGAAGGAAGAAAAACGAUGAUCAUGGUAUGUAACGGUGCACCGAUAACAUUGACUAACAUUGCUUCUCCUUUGAAACACAGAAUAUCGCGAACACUUUAACCAUGGGUGAUGAGGGAAUUCAUUUCCCCUCAGUUUUCUUGCUUUUAAUCAGUAGUGACGGCCCCGAAUAUAAAAGGCCGAAAUCUGUCAAGUACGACCUGAAUAUUUUAUACUCUUACUCCGCCAAAUAAAAUGUUAUGGGUGCAUCCUUGAAGGUAUAUAACUGAUCAUCUAAUCGCCAUUAUGUUGGCCACAGAGCAUUCACAUCAUGAAGGUCCAAUUACAAAUUCAGUCCACCGAUAUACACCGAUCAGUCAUAACAUUAAAACCGCCGACAUGUGAAGUGAAUAACAUUGAUCAUCUUGUUACAGUGCAUUGUUCUGCUGGGAGACCUUUGGUCCUCGCAUUCAUGUGGAUGCCCCUUUACGCACUCCACCCACCUAAACAUUGUUAUAUACAAAGCACCCCACUCAUUGCAACAGUACCCCUGAUGGAAGUACCACCCCAGCAUGGCAACGCACCAUGCCACACCACAAAAACUGCUCAGGAAUGGCCCAAGGAAUGUGACAAAGAGCUCAAGGCAUCGACCUAGCUUUCCAAUUCCCCAGAUCCCAAUCUGAUUAAGCAUCUGUGGGACAAACCGGUACCUGGCCUCGACAGGUCAGAGCCAUGUCCGAUCUACGGUGGAGCCUCUGACCUGUCGAGGCAUAGAGACAGGACCUCCUGUGUUGUCGGGCAUCAGGGCGUUGUUGACGGAUCCUUUGAGUCCUGUGGGUUGCGAGGUAAGGUACCCGCAUGCCCAAUGGAUGUUCAUUCGAAUUGGGAUCGGGGAAUUUGGAGGCCCGGUUGACACUUGAGCUCUAAGUCACGUUGUCCUGCCUGGGCACUGCCAUCAGGGAGUGCCAUUGCCAAUAGAGGCGUGUAUUUGGUCUGUAAUGGUGUUUGGGUGGGUGGUGCGUGUCAUGUGGCAUCGUCAUGAAUGCCAGGACCCAAGGUUUUCCAUAAGAGCACUAUACUGUAACUUUUUAAUAGCGCCAAUAAUAAAUGAGAAAAUUAUAAACAGCAAGUUUCCCAUCAAUAGCUUCAGUGUUUCCAGAGCCCCAGAUCUUUAAAAAACUAAUUAAGAUUUGAGUCAAAAGUUUUACGAUUGGGUCUUUACGAUGGUGAAUGCUCUGGAAACCAGUCUUUGCUGUUUAAGACCAAGAGUUGAUGUAAAAGAAGAAAAAAAAUACAUCACAGAAAUUGUCUUCACUGGAAUGAAGAUGAUCUAGCUAUGUGUUUAUGAAAGAUUAUGUGGCUCCUGGGCUGAAGUGUGUGUUAAAUGUUGGUUCUGCUGUGUGUGCGUGUGCGUGUGUGUGUUUGGAUCUGUGUGUGUGUGUGCGCUGAGAUUUUCUUCCUUUAAAGGAUUGUGUAGUAUUCCUUUUAUGCAAAUGUUCUUGUUGAUUGGGGGAAUAGAGAACACUCUUCCUUUUACUUUGCCAGCCUUUUCUUCUGAAAGGAGACACAGCGUUGUGACGAACGAUACAGUAGUGAGUGUGUUUUUUUUUCUUUGGGCAAUGUAAUAGAGAAAAAUCAAGAGGCAGAAAAGCGAGACUUGGGAUCUUGAAUCACCCCCUGACGGCAAUGUACCGGCCAUGCUUUGGCAGUUGGUGGUGCACAGUUGCUGCUCAGCGAAACGCUGCCCUUGGUAUCACUGCCUUAACUCGUAACAAGCGAGAAACUUCAGCAGCGGUGUUUCUGGAAACGUGUAAAUGCGCCCAGCGAUGUUUGGAUUCGUUGCCCAGGCACAAAUGGGAUCUUGCUGAUAAUGCCUUUUGGAGUUAAUUAUCGUCCCAUUCAGAGCAUCUCAGUGGAGUGUCACUCCUGUUUGCAGGUGUGUUUAGUCACAUUGCUGAGUUGGCCUUUUCAGAGUGAAGGGAUUUUUCUGUCGCAGCGCAAGGAGGGAUUUAAGAGGAGCUGGUGACAUCACAGGAAAGACUUUUCAGGCUGAAUAGUGAGCACUGCGUUCUUCCUACCAAUCUUUGAAUGUGUCUAGUGCUUUAGUUUGUGACCAAAUACCUGCAAAAUUAACAACAUUCCUAUCAGCCCCAGCUGUAUAGAGAGGUCAAGUCCCUCCCCUUCCGGCAAACCAACAUGGGACUUUAUUUGGAAACAGUAUGUAUGGUAGUUAGGUGGAGAGGGGCAAAUAGUUGUUUGGAUUGUGCCACUGGGUUACACAGCUGAUGUUUGUCCAAAAAAAAAAAAAAAGAUCAUACCCUCACUUCUGACUGCUGUACUUAUUACUGAUCAUGGAGAAAAUGGUCUUUGGGCCGCAGGGAAUUUUGACAAAAUUGGAAGCAAGGCCGAGCUGCUUCUAUGGUGGCCUGGUGCAGCCCUACUCAUUAGCAAAUGCUGACACGCUAAACUAAAAUGGUGAACAUGAUGAAUUUACCUGCUGAACUUUAGCAUGCUAGCAGGUUGACAUUAGCAUUUAGCUCAAAGUAUCGUCUCACAGAGCUUUCUCUUAAAACUUUUAAAACACACACAGUGUGCUAAGUGUUCUCGUCCCCGAACAGUUUCACUGGAGCUAUUUAGACCUUAGGUGACUUUAUCUGUUUGUUCUCACGCACACUGACCCUGCAAGUUCUCUGUGAUUUUAGGAAAAACCUCGACGAAGCCUGUGAUGUCACCGACUCCCGUCUCUCGCCUCUCGCUCAGACCAACCUGCUUAAACACAAGACAAGCUGGUAAACAACACAGCUACUGAAACAAUGACACACUGUUUCCUUUAUUUUCCAACUGUCGCCACUGUCAUCCGUCAGAUCAUUUGUUUUCCAGUUCCAGAGUAUCGACACAACAACACAGUUGUCGUUUUCUUUUCCCAGUUAUGUGGUGCAUUUAAGUAAAAUUCUGAUUUUACUAUUUUGAUACUGUCUCGGUUCUUACCUCAGAGAAAUAUUAUUUUGUAUGACAAGGGAGAAAAAAAGAAAUGCCAGAAACAUGGCAGUAAAUAUCCUUACUACAAACGAUGCGGCCAUACUGCCUUCUCACUUGUACAUACCACAAAUAGUUUGACUGAAAGCAGAGAGGCAGGUUAGGGAAACGACCACGCUAUAGAGUAGGUUCAUUUUUUUUUCUUCUUCUUCUUCUUUUAUUCGUCAGAACGACCGUUUUUGUACCAACAGAAGAAUAUCCAAACCUGCUUGACUGAACUGGCAGUGUGACUGUUUUUUGUGAGUGUCAAGCUUUUAGCUUCUGUGUGUGUGUGUGUGUGUGUGUGUGUGUGUGUGUGUGUGUGUGUGUGUGUAGUCCUGUGUGAAUGCAUCGUGUGUGCGUGAUGGAUGACAAACUGUUUGUGAAUACUUUUUUUUCUUUAUGUUGUUGUUGUUUUACUCGUAUGUAUAUGUUGGUUGUCCCAAAUUCUCUCCCAACACAACUGAUAUUUUAACUAACAUAACUUGCUAUAUUGUCAACAAUACAUUGAUUAAAGAUGCCACCCUGUCA